AUGGCGAUUCGCCGCGCCUAUUCGUCCAAGACGACCCUGUCACUCGCCAUCCUUGACGACUACCUCACCACUUCUUCACCUCACUUCGCCAAAAUCCCGACUUCCAAGCUCCAGAUCACCACAUUCAACGAUACCAUCGUCCCAAGCAGCGAGCUGGACCAGGCGCGGUUGGUCGAGCGGCUCCAGCCCUUCGACCUCAUCUCAACAGUCCGCGAACGAACCGCCUUCCCAGGCUCCCUCCUACGCCAGCUACCCAAUCUCAAACUCCUGCUGGCCACUGGCACACAGUUUGAGAUGUUCGACCUCGCAUCAGCAAAGCAGCUAGGCAUCACGGUCGCUGCGGCCCCUGGUCUGGGUCGCACCGACCAAGCUGGGCCUGUACGCCCCAACAUCAAGAAGGGCAGCGUCCACCCCACGACACAGCACGCUUGGGCACUGAUCCUGGCCCUCGCCCGCAAUGUUGCCGCCGAUGACGCCCUGCUCAAGGCGGAGUGGCCUCGCCACGGGCUUCCUGGGCUGACGCUGGGCACUGUUGGGCUGGGCCGGCUGGGUGCUGCUGUGGCUCGCGUUGCGCACCUCGCAUGGGGCAUGCGCGUCGUUAGCUGGAGCGAGAACCUGACGCAGGAAAAGGCCGACCAGAUGGCUGUCGCUGUCGGUCUCUCUCCCGACGCAGGCAUCGACGGCGCCAAGACCUUCCAGGCCGUCAGCAAGCAGGAGCUCUUCGCCAGCGCCGACGUUGUGAGCAUCCAUUACGUGUUGAGCGACCGCUCGCGUGGCAUUGUCUCUGCGAAAGAGCUGGAGCAGAUGAAACCGUCAGCGCUUCUUGUCAACACUUCACGCGGUCCAUUGAUUGAUCACGUCGCCCUGGUUGACACGCUGGAGAGGGGCAAGAUACGGGGAGCCGCCUUGGACGUUUUUGAUAUUGAGCCCUUGCCAUCAACUAGCCCAUGGAGGCGUAACAACUACUGGGGUCUGGAUGGACGUUCAGCCCUUCUGACAACCCCGCACAUGGGAUACGUGGACGAGGGACUGAUGAAUACCUGGUAUGCAGAAACCGCCGAGAACGUAGAGCGCUGGCUCAGGGGGGAAGAUGUCCUCCACCGCCUCACUUGA